AAACCACUCUCUCCCCAUUCCACCCCUCCUCUUCUUCGCUCGACCACCGGGAUGCAAGCGCGGCAGGAAUCCAGCGCAUGUGAGCCUUCGUCUGAGAAGAGCAGACGGAUGCUGUUGGGCCACUGACAGCUCCGGACAGGAGGAUGGGAGAAGCAGGGGAGGAAGAAGCGGCCGCGCCGGCGGCGGCGGGGAGCCAAGAGGUGGAGGCGGAUGAGCAGGGGAUGCUGGCGGAGGCGCUGGACGCCGUCAGUUCUUUGGCCUCCGCUUCCUUGUCCGCGACCCUGUUCCCGCUCAAGUGGCAGCUCAUCAGGGAUCGGCUCAACCGGCUCCACGCCGGCCUCGCCGACAUCACCGCCACCGACGCCGAUGACGAGAACGGCGAGGGGAGGUGCGACGCGUUCGUGAGCCUCCUGCGGGACGUCGCGGCGGCCGCCCGGGAGGCGCUCGAGCUGGUGCCGCGGAGCCAGGGGCGGCACUACGGCGGCGGCAAGCUGCGGUUGCGCAGCGACCUCGACCUCCUGGCCGCCGCGCUCGACGCGAACGUGGCGCGGCUGGACGACGUGUACGCGUCGGGGGCGCUCGCGCGGGCGCGGGCGCUGGUGGUGCCGCGGCCCGGCGCCGGGGCCACCCGCGACGACGUGCGGUUCUACGUGCGCGACCUCUUCGCCAGGCUCCGGGUCGGCGGCGCCGAGAUGCGGAGGGAGGCCGCGGCCGCCCUAGCCGAGGUGCUGCGCGACGACGAGAAGUGCGUCCGCGUCGUCGCCUCCGACGUCCCCGACGGCGUCGGCAUCCUCGUCGCGCUGCUCGAGUGCCCCGACGCGCGCGUCCAGGAGGAGGCCCUGGAGGCGGUCUCGGUGAUCGCCGGGUCCGACGCGCACAGGGGCGACCUGGUCGUCGGCGGCGUCAUCGCGCCAGUGGUCCGGGUCCUCGACGCGGGCGCCUGCAGCGCGGCGGCCAAGGAGCGCGCGGCGCGGGUGCUCUGCAGGCUCACCCAGAACUCGGACAACGCCUGGGCCGUCGCCGCGCACGGCGGUGUCACGGCGCUGCUCAACGUGUGCACGGACCACGGCGCGAGCGGCGGCGAGCUCGUGUGCGCGGCGUGCCGGGUGCUGCGGAGCCUCGCGGGCGUCGACGAGAUCAGGAAGUACAUGGUGGCCGACGCCGGGGCCGUGCCGGCGCUCGUGUCGCUCUCGCAGGGCGCCGCCACGGACGACGCGGCGCGAAUCCAGUCGAUGGAGCUCCUCGCGGCCAUCGCCUCCGGGGGGGACGGCUCCGCCAGGGAGGCCGUGAUCCAGGAAGGCGCCGUCGAGUCCCUCGUCCGCGCGCUCGACCCGUCCUCCCCGACGCGCUCCUCCAAGGCGCGCGAGGUCGCCCUCCGCGCCAUCGAUGCGGUCUGCCUCUCGCCGCCCACCUCCACGGACCGGCUCCUCGCCGCCGGGUUCCUCGACCGCGUCCUCUCCCUGCUCCGCAACGGCGACACCACACUGCAGCACUGCGCCCUCAAGGCUGCGCACCGCCUGUGCCAGGUGUCGGAGGAGAUCAGGAAGGCGAUGGGCGACGCCGGGUUCAUGCCGGAGAUGGUGAGCGUCCUCCGCGCGGCCAAGUCCCCGGAAACGCGGGACAUGGCGGCCGAGGCUCUCUGCGCCCUGGUGUCCGUGCACCGCAACCGGAAGCGGUUCGUCCAGGACGACCGCAGCGUGGCGCAGCUGCUGCAGCUGCUGGGUCUCGACGAGGAGAAGCCCACGCCGGCGAAGCGGUUCCUGCUGUCGACGCUGAUGCACCUCACGGACAGCAGUUCCGGGCGGAGGAAGAUCAUGUCCUCGGAGCAUGUCAGGAAUCUCGAGAAGCUUGCGGAGACUGAUGUCCCGGACGCCAAACGGAUCGUGAAGAAGCUUGGCGGGAGCAAGCUGAGGAGCAUUUUCCAUGGCAUCUGGAGCCUGUAAUCCUUGGCGACAAGAACUAGCUGUCACUUACCAGUACUGUACCUCUAGCUAACACACGAGUUCCUUGCAUCUUUUGUUACUGUGAAGGAAUCAAAGAAUGAAUCACCCGGUGAUUUGUCACCCCAUGUGUAUAUCACUCAUCUCUGUGAAAUAAAAACUGCAAGUCCAUUCAACAAC